CUGGAAUGAAUGCACUAAUACGACGCGCUAAACGAGGCCGCUUCCUGUCAAAAAUCCAUUAAGACUGUAGCAGAUUCCCAAUCGCUUCUCUGUCUCUCUCUCUCUCUCUGCGCUUUUCAACACUCGUUUCUCUCAUUUGGGCCUUCUUUGCCCUUUUCCUCCAUCUGUCCAUUUUGCAUUCAUCAUCCCCUGCAAAGCCUCUCUGCUUCGGGGAGAGAGAGAUGGAAAGGGAGAGGGAGAGAGACUUUACCGCGAAAGGGGGAUGCUUUUUGCUCAUCCCAUUCAUCGCUUUCAAUCUGUUUCAGGUUUCCGUUUAGGAGGUCUCUGAUUUAUGAAUCGCCAGCUACUCUCUUGUUGCUUGCAAAUGCUGGUCUUCGUUCUGCUCAGAAGCGUGAAAGCUACUCGUCCUCUGCUUCUCUCCUUGCUCUGGUAAAGCGUGAAGCCAAAGAGUAUACUUGCAACUGAAGCAGGACUUUGAAGAGCGGUUUUUCUGGGUUCUGCUCUUGUUGGGUUCUUUUGCUUGAGCUUUUGACCGGUGAAGAAGAAUGGGCUCUGCGAACACAAAACUUGAUAGUAAUGAGGCCCUCCGUUUGUGUAAGGCUAGGAAGAAAUUCAUUAAGGAAGGCAUGAACUCCAGAUAUGCACUAGCUGCUGCUCAUGUGUCUUACAUUCAGUCUCUUAAAAACAUCGGUGUAGCUCUGCGGCGAUAUGCGGAAGCUGAGAUAUUGAUAGAGUCAUCUCUCUCGACUUCUGCUACCGAGAUCGAGAAAACUCCUUCGCAUUCCUCUUAUCCGUCCCCAUCUCCUUCGCACAUCGUGGAUAUGUCUGAUUCCCCACUGAACAAUGGAAGCCCCCUUUCACCAUUGACGGCUAGAAUGAGCUUCAUGAAAACUGGGGGCUCAACUUCCGUGACCAUCUGUUUGAAUCCUCUUGCUAGUACGAGAUUUUUGGAUGAUGAUACAAUGGCAUUUGGGAUCCCACCGCCGCCCCCUCUGCCACCCGAAUCUGGUGGCUCUUGGGACUUCUUCGAUCCUAUUGAUGAGAAUGAGAGCUUCAGGUUUGAUGGCCAAUGUGGAGUUGAUAUGAAUUUCCAGAGUUUCGGAGACUGGUCGCAGUUUAAGGGUGAAAAGCUUGACCAAUUAAAGGUAAAUUCAAGUGAAGCUGAUGUAUUUCAUGAUGCAAAAUCAGUCCUCAAAUCAGAAACAAAAGAUUGUGUGAAAUCAGUUGAUAUAUCCACUACAAGUAACGGCCAUAGUUCAGCGGUGGAGAACACUUGUAAAUUGAUAGUUCUAGGAGCUCCACGAGGUGAUUCAAAGCAAGGAUCAGCUAACGAGGUGAGACAGGUGGGGACAGAACGUAGCGCCAAUGAUUCAGGCCAAAGUUCGCAGUACAAGGGUGGUGUUGGAUGUUCGAGUUCUAUGGUAGGAAUGACCACAGCAAACAAAGAAAUGGGUGCUGAAAGAGAGGACCCUUCCGAGUACAUUACCCACAGGGCAAAAGAUUUCCUUUCAAGCAUAAAGGACAUCGAGCACAAAUUCUUCAGGGCGUCUGAGUCUGGUAAGGAGGUCUCCAGAAUGCUUGAGGGAAACAAAAUCAGGGUUCGAUAUACAGAGGAGAAAGGUCAGUCAUCCUCGUCAGCUUUGUUGGGAGCUUUUCAGCAUGUGUGUUGCCGCCAGAAGCCUCCACUCAUAUCUCACGAACCUGGACAACAUGGGAAAAGGAUGAUAAUAUGGAAAAGGACAACAUCUUCUCAGUCAUCUUCAUCAAGAAAUCCCCUAAAUGGAGCAGCGAAAGAUGAUGUUAGCGACAGUGGAAGUGAUUUCAUGGAAGAGUUCUGUAUGAUUUCAGGAAGCCAUUCAUCCUCUUUGGACAGGUUAUUUGCAUGGGAAAGAAAGCUUUACGAUGAAGUCAAGGCCAGUGAAUCUAUUAGAAAGGAGUAUGACAAAAAGUGUGACCAGCUUCGACACCAAUCUGCAAAGGAUUGCAGUACCCAUGUCAUCGACAAAACUCGGGCUGUCGUAAAGGAUCUACAUUCUCGGAUACAAGUUGCCCUCCACUCCGUUGAUUCAAUUUCAAAGCGCAUCGAGAAGAUGAGAGAUGACGAGUUGCAGCCACAACUCAUCGAACUGAUUCAAGGAUUCAUCAGAAUGUGGAAGGCUAUGCUUGAAUGCCAUCAUGCGCAGUACAUAACGAUCUCCUUAGCGUACCAUUCUAAAGGCUGCUCGGGAAUGUCACAAGGUGAUGCGUGGCGGCUGAUCAUGGAUCAGCUCCAGCAAGAGAUUGAAUGCUUUGGCUUGAGCUUCGCAAAUUGGAUAAACAGCCUCACGUCCUACGUCGAAGCCCUUAAUGGUUGGCUCCAACAUUGCAUCAUCCAGCAGCCAGAGCGCUCCAAGUACCGACGACCGUGGUCCCCACGGCGAGUGCUCGCUCCGCCCAUAUUCUCCUUGUUCCGUGACUGGGCCGCGGGGAUCAAGGCACUGCCAUCUAGUGACCUCAACGACGCGAUCAGGAGCUUUUUGUCAGAUCUGUAUGAUCUGACAGAGCACCAAGCGGAAUCGCAGAGGAAGCAGAGGCCCUGCGACACAAACAAUGGAGGAUCGGAAGGACCAGACGAGGGGAAGAAUGAAUGCGCCCCCUCCAACUUGAGCUGCAUACAGAGGAGCCUGACCAAAGUCCUUGACCGGUUGACAAAAUUUUCCGAGGCGUCAUUGAAGAUGUACGAGGAUAUUAGACAGAGAACUGAGACAGCCGGAGUUGCAUAUUCGAACUGCAAGUCUGCAAGAUCGAAGAGCGGCUAAAGCGGGUUCGGAUUUCCUCUCUAUUUCGUGCAGUAGAUUUAUAUUUUGUAAAUUCGAAGCUUCUAUACUGUGUGCCGUAUCUCUCUAGUAAAUGGUUUAGGAAGUAGAUUUUUUUUUGCAAGAGCCACCAAAACUAAUCCGGCGAGUUCCUUAAGAGCACAGCUGAGUACAAUUAUGCACAUCUCGAUUGAGGGCGGGUCGAUGACUCGAUCGAUCAUUACAAGAUGCUACUAGGCACUUCUGAUUUUGAAGCUCUGGGUGAAUACUAUUGUGUACUGUGCUCCUGUCCACUGCGACUGUUAAGUAUAAUCGGCAGCAUACUUUCGAGAUUACUAGCGGAGUCAAAGUCGAGUGAAUGGAAGAAGGGAAGGGAAAGACUUGAAUGUAAUUUGUGCAGAAGAAACAAGAAAUGAACGUUGGGGUGUGAAGAGAUGGAAAUUGCAAUGAAUGAUUUUCUCGACUGCAUUACAUA